UGAACUGAAGAGGAGGAAGUGAUCACAUUUUUGAUUCUAGUUAUAAGAUAUCUCACAUUUAUGAAAAGGUUGAAGUGGUAUUUAGUUUAUUUAAAUCGUUUCUGUUUAACAUCCCUAUGAUCUACAGUGAGAGAUAGACAUGGUGUUCAGUACAGUAACCGGGAACCUGCUGACUUUUCUCACAUGUUUUGUGAAGUUUUCAUUGGAAGACCCACACACUCUGCAGAUCUUCGACACAGGAGUGACACCAGGAAUCCAUUUCCCAGAAUUUAUUUCUCUUAGUCAGCUUGAUGGAGUGCAGAUCGAGUACUAUGACAGCACUAUCGGAAGGAACGUCCCAAAGACAGAGUGGAUAAGGAGGAUCAGUGAUGAUGAACCGGAGUACUGGGACAGUUACACAGAGGUGAUGCAGUCUACGCAGGAGAUGUUCAGAGGCGACGUGGCUACACUGAUGCAGCGCUAUAAUCAGACUGAAGGAGUUCACACAGUCCAGAGGAUGUACGGCUGUGAGCUGGAUGAUGACGGCAGCACUAGAGGAUACUACCAAGACGGUUAUGAUGGAGAAGAUUUCAUCAGUCUGGACCUGAGAAGUGACACCUGGAUUGCUCCGACACCUCAAGCGGUCAUCACUAAACACAUAUGGGACGCUGAUGUAACCUGGGCUAAUAUUGUGAACAAAUUCUUGGAGGAAGAGUGUAUUGAGUCAUUAAAGAAGUACCUGGUUUACGGCAGAGAGACUUUGGAGCAGAAAGUUCGUCCCGAGGUGUCAGUGUUCCAUAAACACUCGUCUUCUCCAGAGGUGGUGUGUCACGCUACAGGUUUCUUUCCCAAAGCAGUGAUGAUCACCUGGCAGAAGGACGGAGAGGACGUGCAUGAGGACGUGGAGCUCAGAGAGACGUUACAUAACCAGGAUGGAAGCUUCCAGAGGAGAAGCAUUCUGAGAGUCCCAGCUGAGGUGCUGCAGAAACACACCUACACCUGCGUGGUUCAGCACAGCAGCUUGGAGAAGAACUUAGUGCAAGAAGUACCAAAAGGUCCUAAUAAACUAGAGCUGUAGAGAGUGAAAGCUGAUUU